AUGGAGCAUGAUAAAAAAGGAAAGAAAAUUCGACGACCCAUGAAGCGAAUUGAGAACAAGAAAGCUCUGAGAGUUACUUACAUGAAGAGAAAUGAAUGUGUUAUCAAGAAGACAAUGGAGCUCUCGAUUCUCUACGGUAUCAAUAUCGUCACACUCUAUUUCGGUCCCAACGGAAAGGUCGACACAUGGCCCCAAAACCCAAACCAAGUGAAAGCUCUGAUCAAGAUGUACAAAGAGUAUGCCAAGAAAAGCCAGGUUAGGAAAUCUCAUGAAUCUUCUUUUUCUGAUUGUUAUUUGGGUGCUAAGAAAGUUGCCAAGAAAGUUUCGGUGGAGAAUGAGGAUGGUUAUGGUUGGCUUGAUGGCUUAUCGGCAAAGUUGGUGAUAAGUUUCUUGGGAAAGUUGGAGUCAAAAUUGGAGGUUUUGAAAGCAAGAAUUGAGUUCUUGAAGAUGCUGAAUGAGCAGAAAAUCAAAGUAGUGGUAAUGGGGAAAGAAACAUAG